GAGAUGACGCCCUCCCGGAAGUAGCCUCUAGAUCGGCUGGUGAAGCUGGCAGUCGGCGGCUCCUGGGACCAGAUCCUGCAAGGUAGCCCCUGAGCUACUUAUCUACAUUUCCUCUUGAUCCUCUAGAAUCUUCCAUAUCCGCGUAGUGAGGAAUCGUCUCCACCGUCAUGGGGGGCGGAGACCUGAAUCUAAAGAAGAGCUGGCACCCACAGACCCUCCGGAAUGUGGAGAAAGUGUGGAAGGCUGAGCAGAAGCAUGAGGCUGAGCGGAAGAAGAUUGAGGAGCUUCAGCGGGAGCUGCGAGAAGAGAGGGCCCGGGAAGAGAUGCAGCGCUAUGCGGAGGAUGUUGGGGCCGUCAAGAAGAAAGAAGAAAAGUUGGACUGGAUGUACCAAGGUCCUGGUGGGAUGGUGAACCGUGACGAGUACCUGCUGGGGCGCCCCAUUGACAAAUACGUUUUUGAGAAGAUGGAGGAGAAGGAGGCAGGCUGCUCUUCUGAAACAGGACUCCUCCCAGGCUCUAUCUUUGCCCCAUCAGGUGCCAAUUCUCUUCUUGACAUGGCCAGCAAGAUCCGAGAGGACCCACUUUUCAUCAUCAGGAAGAAGGAGGAGGAGAAAAAACGAGAGGUAUUAAAUAAUCCAGUGAAAAUGAAGAAAAUCAAAGAAUUGUUGCAAAUGAGUCUGGAAAAAAAGGAGAAGAAGAAAAAGAAGGAGAAGAAAAAGAAGCACAAGAAACACAAGCACAGAAGCUCGAGUAGCGAUCGUUCCAGCAGUGAGGAUGAGCACAGUGCGGGGAGAUCUCAAAAGAAAACGGCAAAUUCCUCCCCCGUUUUGUCCAAAGUCCCUGGAUAUGGCUUACAGGUCAGGAACUCUGACCGUAACCACAGACUUCAGGGUCCUCUGACAGCUGAGACAAAGAAAGGGCAUGGGAUGAAGAACCAUUCCAGAUCCAGAAGCUCCUCCCAUUCACCCCCCAGACAUGCCAGCAAGAAAAGCAUCAGGGAAGCAGGGUCCCGGGACAGGAGGUCUCGAUCCCCAGGCAGAAGGUCAUGGUCCCCAAGGCCCGGCAAACUGCACAACUCUAAGGUGAACAGGAGAGAGACAGGCCAAACUAGGAGCCCAUCACCUAAAAAAGAGGUCUACCAAAGGCGACACGCUCCCGGAUAUACCAGAAAACUCUCCGCAGAGGAAUUAGAGCGAAAACGGCAAGAGAUGAUGGAAAACGCCAAAUGGCGGGAGGAGGAGAGACUGAACAUCCUCAAGAGGCACGCUAAGGAUGAGGAACGGGAGCAGAGGCUGGAGAAGCUGGACUCUCGGGAUGGGAAGUUCAUGCACCGCAUGAAGCUGGAGAGUGCAUCUACUUCCUCCCUGGAGGACCGGGUGAAGCGGAAUAUCUACUCUCUUCAGAGAACUUCUGUAGCUCUGGAGAAGAACUUUAUGAAAAGAUGAAAACUGUCCCCUCUCUCACUGGUUUUCCUGCAUUUUCCAGGGAAGCUACUGACCCCUUAAUUCUCUUUAUAAGAGUUCAACUGACUUCUUUCACAGAUGUCAAACCACCACUGUUCAAAGUGACCCUGUUCCAUCGAGUCCUGAAACAGCUCACUUCCUUUGAGAGCCAGUGUGAUGUGCUUUGUGGGACACUCAGUAACUUUGGGUUUUGACUGUUUUUAAGGGGUGAGCACUGGACCGUCUUGGUGGAAGUGCUUGUUCCGCUCUAGAAGGCUGUUCCCUGGGGCUGUGAUGUUGAUCAUGCCGCUUCCCUCUUAUCUGUGCCAACAGACCUAUUCCACUGCUUUAGUGUAGACCAGGCCUUUCAGAAACCAGUGUCAUGUCACCCAGAUAGAUAGUGCUUACGGAGCCAAAUGAACAUUUACUUGAUUUAGAACAGGUGUCCCCAAACUACGGCCCGCGGGCCGCAUGCGGCCCCC